UUCAAUUAUAUCUGUUGUUGUUUCGCUCUCUCUGUUCAGUUCCUCAACUCCGCGGCGUAGAUCCGAGAGGAGUUUGGGAAAACCCUAACCCUAGAAUAUCAUAUAGCUCUCGCAGAUUCACUCUCUCUCUCUCACCUCUUUCUAUCUCUACAUCCAAAGAUCUUCAAGCAUCUUUCACUGCUAUCAGACAUGGCUGGCUUGGCACCUGAGGGUUCUCAAUUUGAUGCUCGUCAAUUUGAUGCCAAAAUGAAUGAGUUACUUGUGGCUGAUGGAGAAGAAUUCUUCACCUCAUAUGACGAGGUUUAUGAAAGCUUUGAUGCAAUGGGCUUACAAGAAAAUCUCCUGAGGGGCAUCUAUGCUUAUGGUUUUGAGAAGCCAUCUGCAAUUCAGCAAAGGGGGAUAGUUCCUUUCUGCAAAGGACUUGAUGUAAUUCAACAAGCACAGUCUGGAACUGGAAAAACUGCAACAUUCUGCUCUGGAAUUCUGCAGCAGCUUGAUUAUAGCUUGGUUGAGUGCCAAGCUUUGGUUCUUGCACCCACUCGUGAACUUGCCCAGCAAAUUGAGAAGGUUAUGCGAGCACUAGGUGACUAUCUUGGUGUGAAGGUUCAUGCUUGUGUUGGAGGGACUAGUGUGCGCGAAGAUCAGCGCAUUCUCUCAAGUGGGGUUCAUGUUGUUGUUGGUACUCCUGGUCGUGUGUUUGACAUGUUGCGGAGACAAUCACUUCGCCCUGAUUGCAUCAAAAUGUUUGUCUUGGAUGAAGCUGAUGAAAUGCUGUCACGAGGUUUUAAAGAUCAGAUCUAUGAUAUUUUCCAGUUGCUGCCACCCAAAAUCCAGGUUGGGGUGUUCUCUGCCACAAUGCCACCAGAGGCUCUUGAAAUCACCAGGAAAUUCAUGAAUAAGCCUGUGAGGAUUCUUGUGAAACGUGACGAACUUACUCUUGAGGGUAUCAAGCAAUUUUAUGUGAAUGUUGACAAGGAGGAAUGGAAGCUUGAGACACUUUGUGAUCUCUAUGAGACCUUGGCCAUAACCCAAAGCGUCAUCUUUGUUAACACCCGACGCAAGGUUGACUGGCUCACUGACAAAAUGCGCAGCCGUGAUCACACGGUAUCUGCUACCCAUGGAGACAUGGAUCAGAACACUAGAGAUAUCAUUAUGCGGGAAUUCCGGUCUGGUUCCUCUCGUGUGCUUAUCACAACUGAUCUUUUGGCUCGUGGUAUUGAUGUCCAGCAAGUCUCUCUUGUGAUAAAUUAUGAUCUGCCAACCCAACCUGAGAACUACCUUCAUCGAAUUGGGCGCAGUGGUAGGUUUGGGAGGAAGGGUGUUGCCAUCAACUUUGUGACCAAAGAUGAUGAAAGGAUGCUGGCUGACAUCCAGAGGUUCUAUAAUGUGGUAGUUGAGGAGCUCCCAGCAAAUGUUGCUGAUCUCCUUUGAUUGGAUUUUGAUCUGGCAAGGUAAAUUGUUUUCUACUGGGGAGUUAUUUAUCAUCCUAUUCAUUAGGGCUUUGGCGCUUUGAUAACAUUAAUGGGAGAUGUGGACCCUGUGAUUUGCAAUGGGGACUUGUCUGUUCCCAUUUUGGAUGUAGUAGGAAUCUGUUGGUGCAAAUUUUGUUGGUUUGCUUUUGUGUUGUUAGUGUCAGAAAAUAACUUGCAAAAGUGGGAUUGGUUGGUUGAAUUGUCAUUAUUGAGUUCUGCAGUUGCCUUUUUUUUCUUAUUUUGUAUAUGAGAAUUUAUAUUGAAAUAUGUGCAUCUCUUGUUCAUGCCAGGAGACUAUAGCUGCACCACUUUUGGCUCUUAUCA